AUGGCAAGGGACAAACUACAACCUUCAAUUGUUUGUGACCUAAAACUAAAACUCAUAAGUGAUAGACAAUUAGAUGGAAGAUUAUAUAACUUGCCAAAUACUGAUGAAGUUGUUGCUUUGAUUGUUGGUGAUGAGCAUACAGGCAAUAAAAGAGAUAUUGAAAAGCAAACAGGAAGGCUCAAAAGAAUAAAUGAACUACAUCCUGCAUAUUUGCCUUUGCAAUAUCCCUUUUUGUACCCAAAAGGUGAAGAUGGCUAUAGACCAAAUAUUCUUCAUAAGGAUCAUCUGAAUAGCCAUGUUGCAAAGAGGAAAAAAGUUACCAUGCGUGAAUAUUUUUGUUUCAGAAUGCAAUCAAGGGACAAUGAAGCUCAAACAAUACUGCAUUCUAAGAGAUUGUUUCAACAAUGGUAG